UAUAAAUCAAAUGUUCUAUUUUUUCAACAAUCCUGAUGACUAGUAUGGCAAAAAUUGUAUUAUAAAUUUGUAGCGCAAUAUUUAAUCAAAAAUAAUUUUAGUUUCAAGGUUGAAAUAAGAUAAAAAUUGUUAAAAUGUGAGUCUGCGAUUUGUGCUUUAUUGCGGUUAUUGAUAAUUUCUCUGAUAUUAACAAAAUUGUUUUAAGAUCUUUAAAAUUACAUAUAUAUUUCAAUGCCUCUUCGAAGACUUAUGUGUAAUGGAAUGAAGGCGUAUAAAUUAGCACUGAAAAAAGCAUUUACGGCCAAGAAUUUAUUCUACACAAAUGUCAUAAUUUCUAUAUGCCUCUCUACCACUGGUGAUUUCUUAGAACAAAAUUUUGAAUUGUAUGUUAAGGAAAUUGAGAAAUAUGAUUACGGUCGUACAGUUCAAAUGGCUGUGUCUGGUAUGACAACUGGUAUAAUUUGUCAUAACUGGUACAUUUUUCUAGAUAAAGUACUAAUAGGUCGCACAUUUCAAAUGGUUAUUAAGAAGCUGCUUUUAGACCAGUUUAUUUGCUCCCCAAUUGUGAUUAUGUCAUUUUUUGCUACUGUUGCUAUUUUUGAAGACAAUCCAUUAGAAAGCUUCACAGAUGAAGUCAGAGAAAAAUUCUGGAUUCUAUAUAAAGCAGAGUGGUAUGUGUGGCCACCAGCACAGAUAAUAAAUUUCUACUUUUUACCUACUAGAUAUAGAGUUUUGUAUGAUAACACGAUUUCAUUGGGAUAUGAUGUCUAUACAUCCCAUAUAAAACAUUAUAAAUCAAAGAAAUAUUCUAAGGAUGAUAGCAAUGAAAAGACAGAGAGAUGAAUUCAAUGAUAAAAUAUGUUUGAUUGUAAUGAUAUAUUGUGCUAAUAAAUUUUUUAUAAUAAACUUGUGUUUGCUUUC